AAGCAACAUUUAGUAAAUAAAUCUUAGGAAAGUAGAGAAUCCAAAUGUGGAACAGAUCUGAGUUGAGUUGCGUGGACAUUUCAAUACAGCUCUCCGUUGACUGUUGGUGUCGUGAAACAGCAAGAGCAUAUAUAUAACCUCAUUCAUUACUACUGCUACUGUUUAAUGUUUUUCCUCAAAUUUCCAAUCAUCACGCACGCCACUGAAUCAAAUCGAUCGAUCGAUCACUUCUGCUUCUUCUUCACCUUUUUUUAAUGAUAUGAUAUGAUAUGGGUGAAGAAGAAGAAGAAGUAAUAGUAACUCAUGAUGCCAACAACAAAUCCAAUCCUAAACUAACCUUAUUACCUCUCAUUGCUCUCAUUUUCUACGAAGUUUCAGGCGGUCCUUUUGGAGUCGAAGAUUCUGUGAGAGCCGGUGGUGGUCCUCUUUUAUCCUUACUUGGUUUCUUGUUUUUCCCUCUUAUCUGGAGCCUUCCUGAAGCUCUUGUCACCGCCGAACUCGCCACCACCUUCCCUCACAACGGCGGUUAUGUUAUUUGGGUUUCCUCUGCUUUUGGACCCUUUUGGGGUUUUCAACAAGGCUUUUUGAAAUGGUUCAGUGGCGUCAUGGAUAAUGCUCUUUACCCUGUUUUAUUCCUAGAUUACUUGAAACAAUCUUUUCCUAUUUUUAACUUAAUGAUAGCUCGAAUCCCUGCUUUAUUGGGUAUCACAUUUUCACUCACUUAUCUCAAUUAUAGAGGUCUUCACAUUGUUGGUUUCUCUGCUGUUCUUCUUGCCAUUUUCUCACUUUCUCCGUUUCUCCUUAUAGCUAUUCUUUCUCUUCCUAAAAUCAGACCAACACGAUGGCUUGUUGUAGAUUUUAAAAAGGUCAAUUGGCCUGGUUACUUCAAUAACAUGUUCUGGAAUUUGAAUUAUUGGGAUAAGGCUAGUACUCUUGCAGGGGAGGUUCAAAAUCCAAGUAAAACAUUCCCAAAAGCACUUUUUGGAGGAAUGCUUUUGGUCAUUUCUUCCUAUUUGAUUCCACUGCUUGCAGGAACAGGUGCUUUGACUUCAUCUUCAAAUGAAUGGGCUGAUGGCUAUUUUGCUCAGGUGGGGAUGUUGAUUGGUGGAUUUUGGCUUAAGCUGUGGAUUCAAGCCGCUGCUGCCAUGUCUAACCUCGGUUUGUUUGAAGCAGAAAUGAGCAGUGAUGCUUUUCAACUUCUAGGGAUGAGCAAAAUGGGGUUGCUCCCAGCUAUAUUCUCAUCAAGGUCUAAGUAUGGAACGCCGACUGUUAGCAUUUUGUUCUCUGCCACUGGAGUUAUCUUCCUGUCAUGGAUGAGCUUUCAGCAAAUACUAGAGUUCCUCAAUUUCUUAUAUGCUAUAGGAAUGCUUCUUGAGUUUGCAGCUUUUAUCACUUUGAGAUUGAAGAAGCCAAAUCUAUGCAGACCUUAUAGAGUUCCGUUGCAAACAUUUUGGGCGACCAUGCUUUGCUUGCCUCCUGCUUUGUUACUUAUUCUAGUUAUGUGUCUGGCUUCUUUGAGAACGUUCUUUGUGAGUGGAGCAGUAGUAAUCGUUGGAUUUAUCUUAUACCCUAUCCUAGUUCAAGCCAAGAAUAAAAAAUGGUUACUAUUUGAAGCCGAACAACUUUCGUCACCUUCUAAUGGUUGGCAGCCAUGCGAAUCAAUUGUUUCAGGACUGGUUGGCCAUGACAACAAGGAUUCUGAGCUUCUUCUGAGCUCACCAUUGGCUGUUGUGGAAGAAGAAUUAUCUUUGAUGCAAAGUGAUUCUAAGCCAAACUAGCAGUAUCAUCUUGUCUUGACAUAUUUUCUGUCGACAAUUCACAUAAGAUUGUUACAUAUUUUGGUCUUUUUGACCAUCCUUCUGGUAGCAAGAAACGGAUAUGGUUUUCGAUUAUGCUGUUGGUUAGAGUACUGAGGGGCUAGGGUAAAACAAAUAUUCAAAGAGCAAAGGCAGGGUUGUGCUUGUAGGAUUGCGGAAUGGUAAGCAGGGUGUUACCAAAUCAUGUUGUUGUACCAUAUAUUAUAAAUUUGUUAUUGCCAUCAAUUUUUACAUAGAA